AUUAACUCAAUUAAAUUUUGAUGGUGUAAGUGUGACUAUCAUUAAGCAAUAUAGUGACAGUUUAUUGUUAAUACAGUACACAGAUUGAAUUUGUAUGAUGUCUACAUCUUAUGUUACGUAUACUUUGACUCAGUUCACAACCCUGAAGAUUCUCCUUCUUGAUGGGAUCUAUGGAACAUGAUGAAUGAAUGAACAAACUAACUUCAAAAUGAUGUUCCCUUGAAAACUGUAACUAUAACAAGCAAAAAUGUCUGUAAAAUACCUCCAACCACAAAAAAGACUUCCACUCAAAAUGUUGAAACAAACCAGUGCUUAACCAGGGAAACCAUGUAUGAAAUAAAAUGUUAAGGCUCGCGAAAGAAUACACUACAACAAUUACGUAAAUAGAUUAGCAUAUAUGAUUUGAUUUUCUAUUGGUCCAUUUUUAUCAUAUCAGUACAAGAGAUAUUGGAGAGGUCAAAACGAGGACACAGUUAUAUUAUGAUCAACUAAAAAGAAAUGAAAGUAAGUAGUAACCAUUCUUAUAAUCUAAGUUUAUCAGUAACUGCAUAUUCAGAAAAUGAUACCAUAUUGAAUGUUCAGUAUGCACCAGUAACAAUUCAGCAGUGGCAAACCUAUUAACAAUUUCUUUAGUGGCACUGCAGAAAAUAUGAUAAAAUAAAACCUGCAUCUACAAAAUAUAAAGUUAAAUCAUGUUCCAAGAAAAUUUUCAUUUGCACUGUCACCGGAGAUGCAGUUGUGAGACCAAUGAGAUAACUAAACGAAACUCAUAUUUAGCUGGUAUUUAUGGAAUUCCUACAGUAAUUGAAGAAGUGUAAUCCCUUUAACAAGGUUAUGCAGUUCUUCUCUAUGAGUGGGCACUUUUCCGAAUUGCAACAUUAACUCAUUUUCAAAUCUGCAGGACAUAACAUGACAACAUAGGAAAUUUUUUCUGUUUGAUAUCUUAAGUGUUAUAUUAGGCCAAAGAUUAUAAUUGAUGUUAAAUUCAGGUAGUUAUUUAAGGAAUUCCUUAAGAAUAGUCAGUGCAUAAUUGCAAAGUAUGACAUGUUCAAUAUUUGUAACAUUCAGUGCUAAUAUUGGUAGAAAGACCAACAGAUAAAUAAAUACAAGUAAUAAUACAAAAUACUGUGCACUGAGUUUGCUGCAUCAGAGCUGUAUACCCAGUUCUUAGUCCUCAAAGUAGUGUACUAAAGGGCUUAAGCAGAAAAACUUUAUUAUGCAUGCUGUUCCAGAACUGUCUGAUGCUAAUUAAUGCUAAUCUAGGCUGGUAUGACAAAAUUCAAAAAGCAUAUGUAGUUCAGCAUGUACUCUUCUGUCUACAUAAGCCACAAUACAAUAACAAUAUCACUCUCAUUAUUGAAGAGACAUGCUUAACCAUUGUCUAUUGGAAGUGCAAGAAAAGCCUCAUUACUGAAACUAAUAAAUAUUUAGCAAAGUUGUUGGCUGCAAUUACAGUGCUUGCAGACUAUCAUCGUCUCUCUCCUGCACUGCCCCCCACUCCACCUGCUCUGUCUCUGAAGUACUGGAAUAGCUCUCUCUUAAACAGUAGCCAGUGAAGCAAAACUGUGUGGCUUCACCAGUAAACUUUCACCCUCCUUGCCCAGAUUUCACUUUUCUUUCCUGAUGUUCAGCUCCAGAUUUUCAGUAGUCAUCAUUUGUUGGAAGCUUUUUGCACCAAGAGUGAACUCUCUCCUCUUGUUUUAUCGGGCAACAGUUUUUGCAUGAGAAGCGUACCAUUCUGUGCUUGGCUUCAGAUUUUCAUGGCUAUAUAAGAGGCAGAAUAGCAUCUCCUGUCAUGCAUUCCAAGAGGGAGAUCACAACAGACAACAUCAUGAACCACUUGGCAAUUCUUUCCUGUGUUGCUGUCUGCGUGUGUGUUGGGCUGGUUUCAGCUGCAAGAGUAGAACUUGUACCUGUGUAUGAUCAAGUCGUUGAUGAAUCAUCAUUUGUUCCUCAAGUUAUUCCCAGAGGUGCUUCAGAUUUAGAAACAGCUGCAAGUGGUCAUGGUCACUAUGGUCGAGUGCAGAUCAAGGUGUACAGAGGACCUACAACACAUGGACACCAUGAACACUUUGCUCCUCAUGGAUUCUGGGUGAAACAACCAGCUGAUGACCAUCAUUAACUGUGUUGCUGCAGUACUUGUUGAUCGAAGCAAGU